AUUUUUUAUACUGACCGUGAAUCGCACCGGUUGCAACACUAGUUGCUUCUAAAGGCUUAAAAUCGAUUUUAAUAUAUUGCCAAUUUUGCAACAUCGAUUUUUUUUUCCAUAUUUCUUAUUUCAUCGUUUUAAUGAUUCUCUGAAUUGGUCCUAAAAAUUCCACACGAGAACCCAUCCCCGAGUAUCAGAUCCAUCAUUCCCUACCUUUCCCCUUCCAAAGCAUAAUCAGUAAACAAUUAAACGUCCUCCAGAAUACAUAUUCCACCGUUGCUGAGUUUUCUGCUUUUCUUAUUAAUCGGUAAGUUUUGUUGCAAGCCUGUUGUUAUCGCCUUAUUGGCAAUUUUGCGGGCUUAAAAGAGUCAGAAAGCGGGGUAGAAGAUGGUGAAGAUAACGGCAUUGAUGGUACUAAAAUGCUCUCCCGAUGGUUCGGAUCCGACUAUACUGUCGAACGCAUCAGAUCUAAGCGGUUUCGGGUUUUUCCAACGGCCCAGCGUUAAGGAGUUCAUCGUUUUCGUGGGUCGGACGGUAGCUAAACGGACACCUCCCGGCCAGAGGCAGUCGGUGCAGCAUGAAGAAUACAAGGUUCAUUCGUACAACCGGAAUGGAUUGUGCGCUUUGGGUUUUAUGGAUGACCACUAUCCUGUCCGAAGUGCAUUUUCUUUGCUCAACCAGGUCCUAGAUGAAUAUCAAAAGAGCUUUGGCGAUUCUUGGAAAACUGUGCAAACAGAUAAUGCUCAACAAUGGCCUUAUCUAGCAGAGGCGCUGACCAAGUUUCAGGAUCCUGCUGAAGCCGACAAGCUGUUGAGAAUUCAGCGCGAAUUGGAUGAAACUAAAAUUAUUCUUCACAAAACUAUAGACAGUGUCUUAGCACGAGGUGAGAAGUUGGACAGUUUGGUUGAGAAGAGUUCAGAUCUCAGUGCAGCUUCUCAGAUGUUUUACAAGCAGGCUAAGAAAACCAAUCAGUGUUGUACGAUCUUGUAGAUGCGCUUCAGAAGAGGAUUGCUCGAAUAAGUUAACAAGUGCUUAGCUCUUUAUUGAUAAAAUGUGAAGUUUUACACAGGGUUGUUUAUAUAAUGUUUUUAUGUAAGUGUUGUGAGAUUGUUAUCUUUGGGCUUAUCUUGUAUCUUUGUUUCACUUUGAGAGUGUCAUGAGGCAAAUUUGCAGUGAUUGUUCUAAUACAAAUUACAAUAUUAUUCUGUGUUUUUCUAGAGCUACAAUCAACUUUGCUAUAUUGAAGUUUGGUGGUUUAUGAUGAA